GCUGUAUGUUAUCAUCGUGUUGUGACCCCUUCGGAUCGACAGGAAGCAGAGCCAUCGUAGUGUCUAUACGAUAUGGCAUUGAUACUUACAUUCACUUUGCAUAUGUAGUUUUCUGGACCUGUUGUAACACGGACUAGUUUUUCUUCUCUCUCUAGGUAGACAGCUUAUUUUUAGUGGUGCGCUUUUGCUGCAUUAUUUGGCUAUGGGAUCUUCAGGUUAGUAGUUUCAGCUUUGUUCUAGAAGUUUCUUGCGCGACGAAGUGAGUGCCACUUUCAUUCUUCUUUACUCAUCGAGCCUUUUUCGUCUGCGAUUUAUGUUUUUGUUGGCGAUUUUCAUUUUGCUUUUUCCAGUAUGACAAUGAGUGCGGGUUUUGGGGACAUCGCCACCCCAUAUCCUGUGAAGGAGUGGGGUGUGGUAUGGGACGAACCCGGCUGGCAGCAGCACGAUUUGACCGGUCUGCAAGAGCGAUUUCCGGCAUUGUAUCCGUUCCGACUGGAGAAUGAAUUCCACGAAUAUUGGUCCCUGCACUUGCGGCAGAUGUACUGGGUCCCGUGGGCCUUGAGCGCGAUGUAAUUCAUCUUUUCAUGAUGGGCAAUAAAUAGUUUGCUAAUUGUGAAAUUUUUUCGCUCGGAACAAACGAAUGUCGGAAAGAAAUGGUUUUUUCGAAAGCACUUCCAUCAACUAGUACGCACAUUUUUCAUGAAAAAAAAACAGAUACGUCCUCCUCGUUCUCUACGUCGGCCCGUAUCUGAUGCGGAACCGGGCCCCGUGGCAGGUGGGCACGUCUCUCCGAUAUUGGAAUCUUUUCCUGGCCGUGUUCUCUUUCCUCGGCAUGUGCCGGACGGUGCCGCACCUCCUCGCGUUACUCUGGCAGGUGGGAUGGCGGAGGUUAAACUGUGAUCCGGCGAGCGUGUUGUAUGGCUACGGAGCGUCCGGGUUCUGGACCAUGCUCUUUGUCCACAGCAAAUACGUGGAAUUUGUCGACACUUUCUUCCUCAUCGUGCGAAAGAAGCCCGUCAGCUUGCUUCACUGGUAAAAAUGUUUGGUGACAAAAUAGUACUGCUCGAAGUGAUCAAUCCUUUGUUCUCGGGUGGACAAUUCCAUAGCGGAGGUCUACGUCUUUCAAGAUGAUUCCAGUCGCGUUUGCUAUAAAACAUUUCCAUAUUACGCUCGACGAUACAUCAUCAUCAUCAUUAUCAUGCCGCAUCAGGUACCACCAUGCUUCCGUGCUCCUAUACUCCUGGCAUGCUUCUAUGCACGAGACGCCGAGCGGCAUCGUGUUUGUGGCAAUGAACUACACGGUACACGCGCUCAUGUACUACUACUACUUUCUGACCGCGAGUAAGAUUUUCCCUAAGUGGGCUCACGUCGUGACGAAGUGCCAGAUUCUGCAGAUGAUCUUCGGCAUUGGCACCACGUGCUCUGCUUUGGCUUUCUAUUUGGGCGCGCGAGCAGGAUCAGGUGGGAAGGCUGAGUAUAUCGUGAUGGGCGAGGAAAAAAAUGCAGAUAUAGGGAGCAAGAACAACUACCGCUGCAGCACACCGCCAGAAAACCUGCUUUUCGCGGGCGGAAUCUACCUGUCCUACUUCUUACUGUUUGCGCAGUUCUAUUUACAGAAAUACAAGAAAGCGAGGACGGCGGAAAAGGAACAGGCAGGCAAGAAGCAAGAAGCGGCUGAGACAGAAAUGAUCCCAAACGUUAGGGUGGUGAAUAGAGCCAGUACUGUGCUGUAUAGCAGUACUCAACAGGGGGGGGCAUCGGAAAUGAAAACUCCGAUCCUGCAGCAGCGUAUUCCAAAUAAAUACAGUGACGCAUCGAGCGUGAGCACCUGUGCGUCAGGACUUGGUUCAGGUAGCGAAACAGAAAAAAGUCCGGUUUUGGUAAGGUCGCAGGUAUCAGUAGGCAGCAGUGAAGAUUACACUGGGGACCUUAAUAAGGCUAAGCAACAGUGAGGUUGUUGUCGCGGGUGCAGGUCGUCGCCUUAUGCAUGUCACUUCGGGGACCGCACGUUGAACCUGAGAAACAAGACCCGAAGACGCAGAGCGUAUUGCGGGGAAGGUUUUUUCCGAUGCCAUCGCCUUUUGAGCUUUAGAGGAAAAGAAAAACGAUCAAAUUUUGAGACACAGCAUUCUGCGUAUGCUUGUCGCAAUUUUGAUGGCGGUAUUGGUUGCGCUUUUACCACCACCACACUUAAUAGUACUAAAUGCACCGAGAUGUAGUUGUACUUGCGAUAAUUGCAAUGACACGCUUUACCUUGCAGGAUGAGUUAAUCCCAAGCUGGACAUCGGCUUUGGCAAAAGAAAUACGUCGGGGGGAGGGCCUUUCCUCGAGAAUGCGGAGGUUUUUGUUCCUGGCCGACGUGAUGAAAAAGACACUGACAAAAGACGUGUACCAUGGACUUAAAAUAAACCUUUG